AAGUAUUAUUUGACGAUUUGUCAAUUUUUUUGGAGCAUGGUUAUUCAAAGACAUGAGCCUAUAUCCAAAUCAAAUCAAUUUGAUGAUCUAGAAGACAUUGGCGAAAUUAAACAAAACGGAACAAAUAACGCAUGCUACAGUGAUAAUGAGGACUUUGUGGAUGAUAUUUCAGAUCAGGAACUCUUAAGUGACUUCCUUGCGAAAAGACCUCAGCCUCCAGAAGCCUUCGAAAAUGUAAUAAUCAUUGAUAAUGUACCAAUUGUUGGAAGUGAAAGAUUAAAUAGAUUGAAAAGUGUUAUAUUAAAAUUGUUUAAAAAUCCUGGAGAAAUUGCAAAUGAAUUUUAUCCAUUAAAUAAAGAAGGAAUGACCAAGGGAUAUUUCUUUUUUGAAUAUGCUACAGAGGAGGCUGCAAAGCAAGCAGUAAAACAGUUCAAUGGCUAUCAUUUAGAUAAAACACAUACAAUAAGAGUAAAUUUGUUAAGUGAUAUAGAAAAAUAUGAAAAUUAUACAGAAAUAACUGAGCCCAUUCAACCUCUACCUUACAAAGAAAUAGAUAAUUUAUAUGAUUGGUUGUUGCAUCCUGAAGGAUAUGAUCAAUUUUUAGUUUUGUCUGAGCAAGAAAAUAAAGAAUGUCUAUUAUCAAUUUAUUUAAAUAUUAUCACUGGCCCUCAACUAAUAAUUGAUAAAGAAAAAUGGACUGAUAAAAAGGCAAGUUGGUCUCCUCAAGGUACUUAUUUAGUAACAUUUCACCCAAAAGGCAUACGUCUCUAUGGGACAAGUCAUUUUGAACAAAUUCAACGCUUUUUGCAUCCUUAUGCUGAGUACAUAUUUUUCUCACCCUGUGAAAGGUACUUUAUAACAUUUAGUGGAAAAAUGACUGAGAAAGGUGAGCCUCUCAUACUUUGGGAAGUGUUAUCUGGUGCUAAACUCAUGGUUUUUUCUUACAACACCACUCCUAUUUAUUUGGAUAAACCAUUUUGGCCUCCUUUCAAAUGGAGUUUUGAUGGAUCAUAUUUUGCGCGCAUUUCGGGUCCGGAUAAAUUGUGCGUUUACAAUACAACCAAAUUUUCGCUCAUAGACAAAAAUCCGAUGAUCAUCAAGGAUAUAGUGGAUUUCGAAUGGUGCCCAUCCAGCAAUAUACUUUCCUAUUGGGUUCGGGAAGAGAAGGAGAUCCCGGCCAAGCUAUUCAUCAUAAGCAUACCCGAUAAAAUCGAAUGCCGGCCCAGUUCCACCCUUGGCACGGUGACAAAUUGCAAAAUGCUCUGGGGGGAUUAUUACUUGACGGUGUUCAGUGAGAGAUAUGCUAAAAAGAAGAAAGGGAACGAUAACAUAAUCAAAUAUUCGGGCAUAACAUAUGUUUUCGAAAUAUUUCACCUACGCGAAUCCGAAAUUCCUAAGGAUACGAUUGAAUUUAAAAAUAAAAUAUUGAAUUUUCAACCCGAACCUAAGGGAAAUAAAUUGGCUAUCAUAACGGAACACCAAUCUUGUAAAAAUGUUUACAUCUACGAGAUAAACAAAGGGGGCAAACCACCUACAAUGCUUAAGGAAUACACUCUUCAAAAAUACAACAAAUUAUUCUGGUGUCCAAAUGGUCAAUUUUUAGUUCUGGCCGAAACCGGAUCUAAAUCUGAUAAUGGCGCCCUCUUAUUCUUGGACACGGCCGACAUGACAAAAAUGAGUGAAGUGGCCCAUCCUCAUGUUGACAUCGUUAAGUGGGAUUUUUCUGGUAGAUAUUUAGCUACUGCAGUUUCCUUAGCCUAUUCAAAAGACAAUGGUUAUCGAAUAUGGUCAUUUCAGGGAAAACCCUUGUCCCAAAACCUGUGCUACAAAUUACGCGAGUUAGAUUGGAGACCGCGCCUUAGGCGAGACUUGUCUUUGAUAACCUCUGAACAGAUCAAGGAAAUCAAGAAAAAUCUUAAGAAAUAUAGCACUGUCUACGAUCUUCAAGAUAAGGCCCUUUACACUCAAGCCGCUAAAGAAUUAACUGAAAAGCGAAAAAAGGAAAAAGAUGAAUAUGACGCCUAUCUUCUGACCAAAAUGGAUAGGAUCAAAAAAAUCGCCGAAGUCCGAGAGCGGCUAAUUCGAAAUUCGGAUAUGUUGGUGGAAGAAUCAUACGAUAUUUUACAAUCGGAAGAAUCAAUACCCGUCGAAACACUUUAGUUUUUACGAAGAAAUACAAAUUUUUCCUAAAAAUUUUAUAUCCUGGUUAUAUUUGAACAUUUUUUUUUGAAAAUAAAAAAUAAGUAACAGUC